AUGCUGGCUGAGAUUCACCGCCAAAACGAAGCCCACCGUGCCGUGAGCUCUGCCUGGUGGCAAGCACAAGCCGCCGAGCAGGCUCAGAAGAAAGCUGCUCGCAAGGGCAAUUUGGGUCAUGAUUACGCACACUUGGAUGCCGAAUACGAGCGCGAGAAAGCACUCCGCGAUUCAGACUCUAGCAAUGACUUGGAUGAUGACGAAGAUGCGGAGCUGGAGCCCCUCGAGAUUGAACUGAACCCCGCGCCGCGUGGUACGCGUUUGGAGCUGGAGCACAAUGUCUGGUGGAACAUGGGUACAGCUCAGACCCACGAGCUUGGUGUUCUGGUGGCGUGCGAGCGAUGCUCCUUGGCCGUUGAGGUUACCCUCUCCGGCCGUUUUACACCCCAGAACCGCCUGGCCAAGCGGUGUUCCAAGUGCAAAACGAUUUUGCGUGCUGAAUUCCGACCACAGCUCAUCUUCGAGGGCAACAACCUUUUGGGCUACAUCGAUACGGACGCCUGUCGCAUCUUGGACGUGCUCAAACUCCGUCUGCUGGCUACCUGUCUCAAGUGUAAUGAGGAUGUCCUGUUUGCCAAAUCAGCGGUGCGGGGCCAGCGGGUGGAAGCCAACUGUCACCACUGCCAUGACAAACUUGCUCUGGCCGUUACCUCUUUUGUCAUUACCACCUUUGAUGACAGCGGGAAGGAGGUGCAGUUACCGGCCCUGGGCGCCUUUGUGGGUGAUGGCAAGGGCAAAAGCCGCAAGGCCCUGGCACCGCAGGUCAUGACUGAGGGCCGCGCUCUGCCGGACAAUGGCGCCUGUCAACACUUUCGUAAAUCGUAUCGGUGGUACCGUUGGAAGUGCUGCGGUCGUGCGUAUCCGUGCCCGGUGUGCCACGAGCUAGCAGGCUGUGAAGGGGCAAUUGAUGGCGUCUUGGCCAACCGGCAAAUUUGCGGCAAGUGCUCGCGGGAGCAGAUGAUCAACAACACGGCUUGCGAGGCGUGUGGAGCCAAUCUCAAGGGCAAAUCAAGCCGGGGUCAUUGGCAAGGUGGCGACGGUGCUCGCUCUCUCUCGCGCUCUCUCUUUUACGCAGCUUGA